AUGGCUAAGGCAGCUCUAAGUGGCGGGUGGAUUUUUUUCCCCCGUUUGCCCUGUGUUUUCUAUUGGGAAAGAAUGUUUUGGCUUCUCUUUUUCCUGGUACCUGCGAUUCAUACUCAACUCUGUCAACCAGAUGGAGAAAAUGCUUUUAAAGUGAGACUUAGUAUCAAAACAGCUCUGGGAGAUAAAUCAUAUGUCUGGGACACAAAUGAAGAAUAUCUCUUCAGAGCGAUGGUGGCUUUCGCCAUGAGAAAAGUUCCCAACCGAGAAACAACAGACAUUUCCCAUGUCUUACUUUGCAACGUAACUAAGCGGGUGUCGUUCUGGUUUGUGGUUACAGACCCUUUGAAAAACCACACUCUUCCUGCUGCUGAAGUACAGUCAGCCAUAAGAAUGAAUAGGGACCGGAUCAACAAUGCCUUCUUUUUGAAUGACCAGACUUUGGAAUUUUUAAAAAUCCCGUCCACUCUUGCACCGCCCUCUGACCCAGCCACACCCAUCUGGAUCAUUGUGUUUGGUGUGAUAUUUUGCAUCGUCAUCGUGGCAAUCACGCUACUGAUUUUGUCAGGGAUCAGGCAGCGUAGAAGAAGUAAUAGAGGUCCAUCUGAAUCUUUACAAAUCUUGCUUUUUACACAAGAGAAUGGGGUCCAUCCAAUAUUUUUCUCUGCUGAAGCUUCACAUUCUUAUCAAGUCUUAGUUAAAUAA